UGCCAUAUGCGCGGUUAAAUGACAACAGACGACAUGUGAAUAAUGAUGAAAUUUGAGGCAAGGGAGUUAGAAGAGCGUAUCAAGAUGAGAUAGCAACAGGAGAAGUAACAAAUACCAUAGAAGAGUAAACAAGAUGGAAUCUUUGCUAAAGCAGGUGUUAGAAAGCAUUCAGUCAACAGGGCUUGAAGACCUGAGCCCGGAGGAUGUUGGCAGAUUACUAGCUGUUGGUUCAUCAGAAACAUUGGAUGAGACGCUCACUUUAGGUGAUGGGGACUUGGAAAGUUUGGAGGAAGAAUGUCAGGAACAUAAACAUGAAAUGACGGAAGAUAUAAAAAAGGAAUUGGAAAGAAAUAAUAGCGGAUAUCCACACGAUCCUCUCUAUUUGCACUUAGCACACAAACUCAGGAAUUGGAUGGAUUCAAGAUCACCUGAUGCACUUACACUUCCAGAUUUUGAAUUUUUAAAUGAAGGAGAAAGUGUUACUGAGAGAAAACAACUGUUUGCUGCCCUCACUCCAGAUGUUUGUGAGUUUAAAGAUUUAUGGAAUGAGGACCAAUUGGAAAGAAAAAAACAAAUGUUGCUGACAAUCCUAAAGAAAUUGAAGAAGCGAGGAAUCUUGGCCUUACUUGGAAUGCGGAGGACAGUAGGCACUCUUGAAAUGUUUCCUCCAACAAGAUCGUGUCUACAAAACAGCUUCAACCAGCGACAUAAGUUGACUUGUCAAUUGUCUGUAGGAGCGAGGGCGCUAUCUAAGCAUUGUCAUCGAGACCAAACUGCAUCUUGGUGGGCUACAUCAACAGGAAGUGAAGCAGCCAAAAAUGCUCAUGCAAAUGUCAUCCUGAAUCGCAUACUAGAUGAGGCAGUGUGGAUCAACAUACAUUCUCUACCGCAUGAUGUUGUCGCCCUUGAAGUGAGGUGUCUUGGUGGUUAUGGUGCCCGUUGGACAGCAGAUGGUGCAAAAUUCCGGGGGUUCCUGGAGCCACAGAUGAAAGAUGGUCAUUCAGUUGGUUGGAGGCAUUGAUUGAUGUGAUGUCAAUCAAUUGGUAGUAAGUAUCUGGGACUAUAAUUUGCAAAAUGUUCUGGGACUCUUUAUUGCCACAGACAGAAGAGUCAUUCAGUAAGGUAUGGUUGUGAUAUCAGUUAGUUGGUAGUAUACUUAUUGGCAGAUGACAUUUUGAAAGUCAUGGUGCCACAGUUGAAAGACUUCCACCUCGUUGAUUGAUUGUGUGUUGUCAGUCAAUUAGUAAGGUACUUUCUGAAGGGCAGAUGGCAUAAUAUUCUGUAAAUCCUGAUGCCAAAGCCGAAAUACUUCUAUUAAUUUGGUUGGCAGUGUGAUGACAGACAAUUAGUAAGGUACUGUACUUCCUGAAGGGCAGGUAGCAUAACAUUCCGUAAAAUCCUGGUGUCACAGACAGAAAAAGUCAUUUAAUGAUUAGGAGUCAUUGACAUGAUUUUUAUUUGCCGGUAAUAAAAACAAACAAUAAUGAAACAUUCUCAAGAUUAUUGGAACGCUAGAUGGAAGACUGUCCUUCCAACAAUUUCUGUUGGUUUGCUGGUGCCUGCUGGACAUAGUGCAGCAAUACCUGGAGUCUCAGAUAAGAGAGCCAUUCCAAAGUUGAAGGCACAGAAUUAAUAUAAAUUGAGUAAUGGCAGCUGUGGCAGAAAAGGUGGUCAAUGUGUGGGUUGAAAGUAAAACAGAUGUGAUGUCACAAAUGCUAAUGUAUGACUCAGAAUUUCAUUGGGUUAGAUAGGAAAGGAAGAAAACAACAGUAGUACACAGAAAAAGACAGAUAUGAUAAAGUUGCCAGGGAUGAACCAUAAUAUUUGCCACCAAAUAAUAAUGGGUUCGACAUUCAUGAGGCAAAACACAUAGAAAUGGCUCAUUCUCUAUGGUGAUUUUGUAGUUUGCGCUAUGUAGAGUAUACUAAAAUUUGGUUACAUCAGCGCAGUCAUCUAUUUUACUAUGUAAAGAAGACUUGCAUUCUCUUUGCAUAUUAAAGCAAUAAAGAAUAAUAUAUUUAAUUCUUGCGGUACACCACAUAGAUAGUUCUGAUCGAGUUGCUUCAAUCGUCUUCAGGAGAAUAAUAUUUGCAGAGAAUCCAAACAGGGAAAUACUUACAAUGUGUGGAUAGUGAGACUUGCUGCUGAUUGGUGGAAAACUAAACAAUAAGUGAAUACUUAACGUUUUAAUGGAUUUUCAUAUUAUGAUGAUUUUGGUGUACUUGUACUUAAAUUAUUCUUGAAAAUUUGUUUUGAAAACAGAGAUCAGCUUAAUAAUUAUGUUAUCUUUUUAUAAAUUUAUGGGGUUUUUUUGUGGUCUGUUUCUGUGUCUACUGCCCAUUCGGGGGUCAGUAGACACUUUUCUGUCGUCUUACAAUUUACCUUGUAAGAGUAAAUCUGGUGGAGGAAUGAUGGGAUUGAUCGUAAGCUAAAGAUGAAAAUAAAAAGUAAGUUUACGAAAUAUGAUGCCAUGCUAUAUAAGACCCGUCAUAGAAAGAACUAAAAAGUCAACAAUCUGUUACUUGUACAGUUAUUCAAGUGAAUUCCCAACACAGAAAGCGUGGCUGAAUUAAAAGUAGCCAAAAAAAA